CAGAUCCUCAGCUACGGCAACGUGGAGAAAGUUGUCAUCGGGGCCGUCCUCUCCCUCAUCACCCUGCUGACCAUCGCCGGCAACUGCCUGGUGGUCAUCUCCGUCUGCUUCGUGAAGAAGCUGCGGCAGCCCUCCAACUAUCUCAUCGUCUCGCUGGCCCUGGCCGACCUCUCGGUGGCCCUGGCCGUCAUGCCCUUCGUCAGCGUGACCGACCUCAUCGGCGGCGAGUGGAUCUUCGGGCGCCUCUUCUGCAACGUCUUCAUCGCCAUGGAUGUCAUGUGCUGUACGGCCUCCAUCAUGACUCUCUGCGUGAUCAGCAUCGACAGGUACCUGGGAAUAACAAGACCUCUUACGUACCCUGUAAGGCAGAAUGGGAAAUGUAUGGCCAAAAUGAUCCUCUGUGUAUGGCUCUUAUCUGCCUCUAUCACUAUACCUCCACUCUUUGGUUGGGCCCAGAAUGUAAAUGAUGAAAAGGUUUGUUUGAUCAGUCAAGACUUUGGCUACACCAUUUAUUCCACAGCAGUUGCAUUUUAUAUUCCAAUGUCAGUGAUGCUUUUCAUGUACUACCAGAUUUACAAAGCUGCCAAGAGGAGUGCUGCUAAACAUAAGUUUGCUGGUUUUCCCCGGCCAGAAGAAAUGGAAGGCAUUUCUAUGAAUGGAGUUGUAAAACUGCACAAGGAAUCUGAAGAAUGUACUAAUUUUUCACGACUCCUAAAGCACGACAAGAAAAACAUUUCCAUUUUUAAAAGAGAACAGAAAGCUGCAACUACGCUUGGGAUUAUUGUUGGGGCUUUCACUGUCUGCUGGCUGCCCUUCUUCCUCCUCUCAACUGCCAGGCCCUUCAUCUGUGGUACAGCAUGCAGCUGUAUCCCACUGUGGGUUGAGAGAACAUUUCUAUGGUUGGGUUAUGCAAACUCUCUCAUUAACCCUUUUAUAUAUGCCUUCUUCAAUCGGGACCUGAGGACAACUUACCGCAACCUCCUGCAAUGCAGAUAUAGGAAUAUCAACCGGAAACUAUCAGCUGCAGGGAUGCAUGAGGCUCUGAAGCUUGCAGAAAAGCCAGAACUUGUUCUGUAAGGUCACUCAUCCUUUACUAUGAUCAUUUAUUGUUUUAUUACAUAAGCUUUUUCCCCCACAGAUUUGAAAGAGUUAUGGGAAGAACCAGGCUUCUUGAGCACUAUUAAUGCAGUCAUCAAGAAACUGGAAGGUAGCAUGGUUAAGUCUUUUACACUCACCAAUCCUAUUGAGCCUGGAGAAACAAGACCACCAUCUAAAGAAUUUGGGUGCAAGAGGAAUACGAGAAAGGGGGAGGGUAAAAGGUGGUGCAGAGUGUUUUGAUUACUGGUGAGGAAAGAGCAAAAUUGGCUUAGCCCAUUUGUUUAGCCCUUGUCCCCAAACAACUUUUAGUAGUCCCGAAUGUUGGAUGCAUCUUGAAUCCUAGAGAUUGUUUUCUGUAAUAAAGACCUGAGAAUGGUAAAAAGUUCAGUAUAAUUCAUUGCUUUCCACUUUGUUAUUAUAAAAAUAAACCAUUUAAGAAG